UUCAAACUCUUCUAAUUUUCUCUGUCUGUCUCUUUCUAUUCAGCUCCCUCCAGUCUAUAUACAGUAAUCUCCACUGUGCUGUCUUUCUCAAGCUCUAUCUAUAGCUUGUCCUUCAAUUCCCAUUUAUUGAAAAAAAAAAAGGUGAAAAAUGAAGUGAAUUUAUUGGUUUUUUAUUUAAUUAUUGUGGUUGGUUUUAUUUCACCCUCAGCAGCCAAAAUUACUGGAAAAAGAGAGGGAGAGAAAAAUGAAGUGAAAAGGAUGUGAAGCUUUCUUUCUUUCUUCUUCAAAGUUUUGCACUUGUCAUCAACUGAAGCUACUUCAUCAUCAAAUCUAGGUCUUUGUCCACAAAAAUUUUCAAAAAAAAAAAAAAAAAAGGAAAAAAAACAUGUUCUUCUCCACCAAUAGUAGUAGUAAUACCAAAAAUGGCCAUGACCCAUUUUGUAGUUUGCCUCAUAUUGACCAUUCAUUCCAUCUUCCCAUUUCUUUCUUCCCUUUUCCUUCUCCUUUUGAGGUAAUUGAUGAAGAAUAUGAUCAUCAUCAUCAUCAAGAUUUUCUCAAUUUCAAUAAUAAUUCUUCUUCUUCUUCUCAAAAUAUUAAUCCACCCAUUAUUUCCACUAAUAAUAAUACUCCCUCUCUUGACAAAAUUCUUCCCACAAUUUCAGCUCAAAAGAAGAUGAAGAAAAUUCCACCAAGAAAAAGAUUGUCAAAGAAGGAUAGGCAUAGCAAAAUCACAACAGCCAGAGGGGUAAGAGAUAGAAGAAUGAGGCUUUCACUCCCAGUGGCUAAACAGUUCUUUGGGUUACAAGAUUUGUUGGGUGUUGACAAAGGAAGCAAAACAGUUGAAUGGUUGUUGAUUCAAGCCAAGCCUGAAAUUUUGAAACUUGCAAGAGAAAAAAAUCAUUUCUUGAUGAGUAAUAAUUCUUCUUCUAAUUAUUAUUCAGCUUAUUCCAAUUCUUCAGAGCUUGAUAAUGAAGUUGGAGUUAUUAUUGGUGAUCAAAAUUUGAACACCAAAGAUAAUAACAUCAAAAUAAAGAAGAAGAAGAAGAUGAUGAUCAGAGCCAAACAGCUUCCAAGAAAAGCCAUGGCUAAAGAAUUGAGAGAAAAGGCUAGAGAAAGAGCAAGAGCAAGAACUUUGGAGAAGAAAAAUCAGAUCUUUAUUAGGGAUUCUUGUUCAGAUCAUCAUCCAAAUUUUACCAAAAUUAUUUCAUCUUCUUCUUGGAGCAGUCCUUUUGAAACUACUGGUGGUGGAGAGGAAUCAGCUGGUACUCAAAGCUACAAUAAUCAUAAUCUCAAUCUUGCCAUUGAGGUUGAAAAACCAAUCACUAAUUCCCAAUUUGAUUACCAAUUCCACCAAAAUUUUUCUUCUUUUGAUAUUAUUUUGCCAAAGUGGAGCCCAUCUGAGGAUUCAACUUUCAAUUUGCUGCAUCAACAGCAUGAAUUUGAAGACUCUGAUAUCUUUGGAUAGGUUUAUGGAUGGUCUGCAAGGCAUGUUACAAUCCAACAACAUGGGGUUAUGUUUCUUAAUUUUCUCAAAGGAACCUACCUAGGAGGUAUAUCAAGUUGGAAAAAACAAAUAUUAUUGUUAUUAUUAUUCUGAGAUAAUUUCAUGUCGUGUGUUUUGUUCUUCUUCACUUUCUGUUUGAAAUUAAUGUAAAACAUAGAAAUGUUUCUCAAUAUAUAUUUUCAUGAACUUUCAAUUAGGGACACAAAUAUUGUGCAAACUUUUUUCUAUGUUUCUCUCUUCAUGAUCUUCUUGAACUUUUUGUAGAUAUUUCUUGAGAACCCUUUGUUGAGAAGUUGAUGUCGAAUUAAGGAAUAGAAAAGGCUUGAAAAUAUUGAGAAAUUUAAAUUCGAAAUUCAUUAUUAUUAGCAUUAUUAUUGUGUUUCUUCCCUUUUUUUUUCCUUAUCCACAAUUCCUUUUAUCCCACAAGGAUCAUGUUUUUAUUAUUUUCCUCAAAACUAUGCAUGAUGAUGAUCUAAUCUGUGGAUUACUCUGAAGCCAAUAAGGAGAGAUUUAGAGAGCAUACCUUUUAGGAAGUGAUAGAAUAGACACAAGAGAGCAAUUUAACCAUAUCCACUUUCUCAAAUUGUGGAUUAUGCCAAUUUUCUUAGACACUAAUUAAUGACAAAAAUUUUCAAAGUAUGAAUGAUGGAUUAUGUUUAACAAUAAAAGUGCUUCCAUUACCUUGUAGAACAUAUAUAUCCACUAAAUCAUGUCAUAGGCAACCAAACUAAUUUAGGGAAAUAUCAGCUCAUAGUUUUGAUAAUAAGCUUCAAUGGUCUAUGUAUAUUGUUCAUAGAGAUAAAUAGUAGAAAUUUAGUUUUAUAUAAUUUUGUGUGUUUAUUGAUUGUAAGUUUAUAUGAUUUACUAGAUUAUCAUCAUUGUUGAUUAUUCUACCGCUUUAACUUGGACUUCUUUUUUUGUAGUCUCUUGAUCUUCUUUGUAUGUUUCUCACAUAUGCAAUAAAGUAUCGUUUCUUUAGAAAAAAGCUUAUAUGAUUCGUACAAAGUAAUUUUAUCACAGAGGCUUAGAAAGUACGAAUUUAUAAAGUUUGUGAGAUAAAGGAUGUUUUGGUAGAUGAAUGCAUCUUCUGGAUCUUGGG